GGAAAGUUCGGAUGCUGUGAAGUUGUUGUACAGAAAGCUAUUUGGGUUUCUAAAUGUUGUGCUUUUGACAUGUCUGCCGCUCCCUGUUUGGCUGAUAUAUGGAGUGAGGAGAAUAACAACAUAAUUGUGAGGUGGAAGCAAAAUGAACGAGCAGUUCAACCAGUGCAUGAUGUUCGGAAACGGUGCUACUCAGAAAGCCUUAAACUGCUUCAGAAAAUUCAAGGCAUUCCAGCAGCUACCGAACGACUCAAAGUUGAAAUGACAGUUGCAUACAACACGUCUUUAUUCUCACUGGAUUUCUCCCACCCAAAUGAGAUAGAGGAGAAUCUCACCCGCACUUUAUUAAGAGCAUUAGAAACUGCUGGAUCUCAGGUUGUCAGUACUGAUCCAUGUAAGUUGUGGCAGGUUGCUCUACAAUCUUUUGACACCACGGUCUAUGUGCCGUAUUUACACAAGCUUCUGUUGAUCCAGUGGAUGUUAUGGCUGAUGGAGUGUCAGUUAGACCGAAUACUUUCUCUAGCAACACAAACUAAUCACAAGGGAGAGCUCCCAGGACCUGUAAAUCUACAAACAGAAAUCCGAAACCUUGCUCUGAGGAUGGAAGACGAUUCCUCGCUAAUGGUUGCCAAUGCAGCAAAAGACCUCAAAGAUCUUUUGCACAUCUGCACUGUUAUUGCUUAUGGGGUGAAACAAAUGAACGAGGAGAAAUAUUCUGAGGCCCUUCAAGCUUUUCAAGAGGCUAAAGGCCGACCAAGUCCCAGAAGGCUCUUGGCCCAGAUCCACACCCUUACAGGCCAGAGUUUAGCUAAGCUGGCUCAGCCCCAUUGUGCUCUUCACUUUUUUAGGAAGGCUGUGGAAGUGGACUUUCCUUGCCACAGUGCACUCUUUGAAAGUGCACUGGUAUUCAGACAGCUUGGUAAUCCAGCAGCAGAAAUUGAGGCACUGCGUCUUCUUUACUCUGCAGUACAACUGCCCACUGUUAAACUUCCAUCUAGUGCUUCUCUGGUCUCUCCAGAUCUGCUGUUGGGUGCUGAACAGAUGACCUUCAUUAACAGAGUUCCCUCCCCCUCUUUGAUUCUGUAUACAUUGGCACACGCAUGUGUGCUCAAUGGCAGUAUUUCAGAUGGUGUUGAGUAUUAUCUUGAUCUCUUGGCAUCACUGCAGUCGGAUAGCAAAGAUCUUGUACACACAGGGAUUGGCACUUCUUUUCCCAGAAUCCCAGUUGUAUACCUUGAAGCAGCAUAUGCUUUGUUAAAAGCUCAAAAGUUUAGUGAUGUUCUUGUCAUCUGUGAGGAGGUCAUUACAAGUACUUUAGACUUCAUCCCUAAGAGACUGAUGCUUGAUCUGCCAAUGGAAAAUCAGCAAACACCUGGACCAACAACUGUGAGUCUGGAUUCUGAUGUGGUGCUUGAAAAUGUAGACUUUGUGUUAUGGGCUGGAACAGCCCACCUUCUUCAAGCACAAGCUUACUGGAAGUUAAAGGAUACCAAGGAGGCAAUUACAAAUUUUACAAGAGCUAUUAAUCAGCUGGUGAAGGUGUUUAUAAAACAGAAAGAUUGGAAACAAAAAAGCCUUGGAAACUCUGAAGCAAUGCUUGACAGAGUAUUGACUUUAGAAGCAGCAAAAGGACAAGCACUAGCUGGUAGAGGGGUCUGCUUUCUGGAAAAAGGUCAAUUAAAAGAGGCCUUAAGAGACCUUCAUCUAAGCCUCCAGAUUUCUCCAGGUUGUAGGAACACUGGGAUGUGGCUUACUGAGGUCUUAUGGAGGCUUGAUCGCAGAGAGGAAGCAUUAAUACACUGGAGGGACAGCCAUAAAACUACAAAUAUCAUAAAGUCAAAUAACCCACCAUUGUAUUUGCAAGCCUGGCAAGAAGAUACAGCGUUUGACUUCAGUGGACUUCAAAAGAAAAUAGAGGACCACAUUCAAGCCAGUAAUGUAAAAACAUAGGAAUAUGACAGAAUCUAAUGGCACAAGCCCUUCAAAGGAUGCUCUUUACUAUAUUACACCACAUCCAAACAAUAGCCACAUACCAAAGGACUGUUGUGUCCUCCAAUUUCAGUUGCACUUACAUGGAUCAAUUUAACCUGGGUUUGCUAAUAGCUUUGCUAGUUCAAAUCAUUUCAAGGAUGCAAUAUUACAGAAAUGUGCUAAACAGAAGGUAUGAUUUAAUACAGUUACAGAGAUUAUGUUGUUAUUUUGGUCAACCAGUGAUCAAUAAGAUUGUAUUCCAUUCUUAGUGUGAACUUGAUUGAAGCCUAUCUACCAGAUUUAAUGUGCUUAAGUAACUGACAAGCUGAGCAGGAUGUUUUU